AUGGCCAGUUCAUCAGGGAUCGCUGGACUUUUUGCGCUCGCUUGCUUCCUCCUUCCACUUUGUGCUGCUCAAGCAACCUGCAAAGGUCGCUGUGGAGAGCCGUUCUCCAGGGGACGCAUCUGCCACUGCGACCGCGACUGCCUUCUCCACAACGAAUGCUGCAAAGACUACGAGUCUGCGUGCACCACAGGUGACUCCUGUGUGGGACGCUGCGGCGAGCCCUUCAAGCGUGGCCGACUGUGCAACUGCGACCCCAGCUGUGCGCUCUACGACCAGUGCUGUCCAGACUACCGGACGCAGUGCGCUGCAGAGACUACAACCACACCGUACCACACGAAGACACCCGAAACAGCAGAGCAAAGGAUGUCGCACAUAGAUGCGGGUAAAAACAAGGCUCAAGAACUUCCCAAGAAAGAGACAGUCAAGAAGCCAGGUUCGAAGCUCUUUUUGUCCAGUCCUAAAUCACCUGACAGCGAGAGCGAGGAAGUGUAUCCAGUAGAAAACAAGCUCAUGAACACCUUCCCUCAAUCCACCCAGCAGCCUGAGAUGCAAACCCUGCCCACUGAGGAUACUUUGCCCCUCCCGAGUCUGAAUGAACCUGCGCAGGCAGCAGGGCCUUUGCCCGAUGGCACCGGGCACCGUGUCGACCCAGCCGCGCCAGAUGGAGUCUCUACUCUUCAUUUGAUUCCUGUUGACCCGGCAACUGUGCUCCUUGAAAGCGCCGCCCACCAGUUGCUUCCAUUUGCACCUGGACUGGGUCAACCUGCCCCUGACCUGCUGACCCCUUCCCCUGGAAAGCCCACCACCACGUCCCUGGAAUUUGCGGUUUUUGCUGCUAGGCCCGUAGGCAGUCCAACCAGACCCAACACGCUGGGGGACAUUGCAGCUGCCCUGGCGGCAGAAAACACCGACAGCUACCUUACGAAUAUCUCCAGCGACACAAACCUCUGCAAUCUUCAGCCCAUCGACGGAGUCACGGUCCUGUUCAACGGCACAAUUGUGGUUUUCCGAGGUGAUUUCUUUUGGACCCUAGACAAUAGCUGGGCCCCCAGCCCUGCUCGCAGAAUCACAGAAGUGUGGGGUGUUCCGUCUCCCAUCGAUACCGUUUUCACCCGCUCCAAUUGCCGGAGCAAAACCUACAUCUUCAAGGGAAAUAAUUACUGGAGGUUUGAAAAUGGGAUACUAGACCCUGGAUACCCCAAAUUCAUUUCUGUGGAAUUUGAGGGUUUCGACAUGUCUGGGAAGAUUGUGGCUGCCCUGCCGGUACCUGCCACGAGGAGGAGGCCGGAAUCUGUCUACUUUUUCAGAACGGGAGGCCGUGUGCAGAAGUACUCCUUUGGACCAGAGGCCACAUCAAGCUGCAGGAGAAAGUUCCCCAUUGUUGCCGGUGAAAAGCAACCUGCAGGACAAGCAGCCAGCCCAGGCAAUGAGAUCAACAUUAGAGUCAGCUGGAAAGGAUUCCCUUCCCUUGUGACCUCUGCAGUGUCUGUACCCAAUCCCCACAAACCAGAUGGCUACGAUUACUACAUCUUCUCAAACGACAAAUACUACAUCAUCAAGGUUGUCGGCGAGCGGCUUGCACUAGCCACCACCCCAAACCGGGCUUCCCAGGACAACUCUGCCCACAGAUGGCUGAAGUGCCCACUGGCAUCUCGCUGAAGAACG